UCGGGCUUGUUGCUAAUGCCAAUGGACCCGGAAAGGUAAGGCAACACUCCGAAGAUGGCCGGGGUGUUCGAUGUGGAGGUGGACGGUGUGGAGCACGACCAUGGACUGGAGCAUCAUGAUGAACCACAGCAGGUAAGAGGCCAGAGACACAUUAUAAUGUUGUGACAGAAAAAUCAGAUGCCGGUAAAUUCUCACCGUGCUGCACGCCACGAACACGAAACUAUGUGCUAGCUUUACUCAUAGGUUUAGACCAAUGUUAGCAUCUAGCUUAUUUUAACCAUCUGUUUUCAGACUGAGUUUGUUGUUUGGAUUGUAUGAAAGGUCGUUUGACGUUUUUUGUUCAAAAAACAGCACAACAAGAAAGAAAAAACCCGAUAGUUGUGUAGUAUCGCUGCGCUAGCCGACGUUAGCUAACCGAGUAUUGUCCAAAUCAUGUUAAACCUCCAAUCUGCUCGAAGUAGCUAACCGGUUAAAGCGUUAAAUUAAAUCCAAUCUGACACAUUCACGAUUUCUACAUGCUUUGCAGAGCUUAUCUGACAGUUUGAUUUAUGAGCGCUACACAAAUCAUUACAGCUGAUGUGGCUGAACGGGUCAAAGGUCACUUAUGGUCACGCCUGCUUUAGGUUAAAGGCAAAGGGCCAAGCGAGCGUGAAGCUGUCGGUGUCAGUCAGGGGAAGCAGCUCAACCACUUCCUGUAGUCUUUCAAGCCUCAGGUCAAACACUGUGGAUUGUACGCCGGUGUUAGAGCAGAUGUCACACACACACUCAGACUGUAUAGACUAUUUACGGUCUAUGGCAGUGGUUCUCAACUGGUCUCACUCUGGGACCCACAUUUUCCCAUGGUCCUUAAGUCGCGUCCCACUUUUAUAGAAUUCAGACCAAGCAAGUUAAUUUCUAUAUAUAUAUAUAUAAGCUUUAAAGACUCUAAUCUUUAACAUAAAUCCACGUGUUUUAUUGAGUGAAGUGCAUUUUAGAGCACAUGAAGGGGACAACAUGAGGACGACAACUACUGAAGUUGCAUGUGCAAAAAAUAUCAAAUAUCUAAUAAAAAUCACAUUAAAUAUUUUCUUUUUUAAAUGGCUGUUCGUGACUCAUCCAGAACAUGUCCGUGACCCACUUUUGGGUCGGGACCCACCAGUUUAAAACUGCUGGUCUAUGGUCACACAGCCCGCAGUUGCUUUGUGCCGGCACACCUCUGCAUCUCAGUUUAGAUAGUAGGGCUGCAUCUGUUGAUCAUUUUAGUUUGGUCUGCAAAAGUAAAAGCUAUCACAUUUCAAAAAGCUCAUAAUUAAAUUUUAAAGAGCUUUAAAUUAGAAACUAAUAACUUAAAACGAGUGAAUUUUUGGACAUAUAAUGAUCAAAAUGUGGCAACUGGAUCUGAUGUUUGACAUUUUAACCAGAGUGAGUCAUCUGCAAUCAAAAUAUUUGGUGGUUAGUUUAUUUUGGUUUAUUUGAUUUUUGCUGCCCUAACAUGUUUGUACCAGUCCGCCCGCUGUUUUCUGAGGAAAAUUCUCAGGAAAUUUUAAUUAGUAUGACUUUUAAUUAGUACGGCUUUCUUGCUGUGCAACUUUUCACUUCAGCCAUAAUGAGGUUGUUACACAAGCUAAACAACCUGGGAGGGACUGUAAUUGCUAAACAUACUUUGUAAUAACUUCUUCAUCCUUGUUUAAAGACACAUGCUCAUGAAGGGUUGGCUAAUUUGUUUCAUCAUCCUAAACAACAAUUGAAUUCAGAUCAUUACUGACACUCUGCGUUUGGUAUGCAGAGUAAUGAUGUAAUGAAAGGUGUAGGAGACACAUGACACACGAUGCUGGAUAAAGUUAUUUAGUUUUUGGACCUGUUUAAAGUAACAAGAAUAUCAAUUCUGAAAUUAUUAUUAUUAUUUUUUUGCCUUCUUUUAAGUUGGAUGUUUCGAAGCUUUCACCAGAAGAGAAAUGGAGGUCAGUAUCUUCACAACACUUUUAAUUGAUCAUGCAUUCAUUCUUUCGAUACUGCUUGAAUUGUGAUUUUAAGAGAACACUUUGUUCAGAUGAACUGGUUAAAUUACUCCUAUGUCAUUUCUGUAUAAAUUUGCUUCAAAGAGAGAGUAGUAAAGGUCAGCGCACCUUAAACUGCACGUCCACCUUUUCUUGUUGUGACUCGUGACACAGAUCAUGUGUCACUAUGAAACAUGAAUUGAGUACGUUCCUUUUUUCCUCUUGUUUUGUACAGGGUGGAGCAUGCAAGAAUGCAUGCCAAACACAAAGGCCACGAGGCCAUGCACGCAGAGAUGGUGCUCAUCCUCAUAGUCACCCUUGUUGUUGCACAGCUUGUUCUUGUGCAGUGGAAACAGAGACAUCCAAAGUCAUACAAUGUAAGACACACAAGAUAAACAUUUAUAAAAGCCUCCAUAUUUGUUUUGGGUCCAGGUAAACUAUGUCUGUAAACUCGGUGUGUGUUAGUGUAAGUCUGUAUAUUUGCAGAGAUGGAUAAGACAACAUGAAUGUGUAUGUGUUUGUAUUACAUUUUUAAAGUUAAUUUUCUACCUAUGUGGAGGCACAUGAUUAUAAAUACAUGUUCAAUAUGUGACUUUAGUGUUUUUUUCUUAUUGUCUCUUUUUUUUAUUUUUAAACAGCAUAAAAAGCCUCUUUUGACUCUUUGUCUGUGUUCUGCUGUCUCGUAGCUGGUGACUCUGUUUCAAAUGUGGGUAGUUCCUCUCUACUUUACUACCAAACUUCACUGGUGGAGGUUCCUUAGCACAUGGUUUAUCUUCUCGGUCAUCACAGCAUAUGUUUCCUACCGUGCCACACGCAAGCCGCUGGCAUGCACCACACCAAGGUAAAACCCCUGUUUGCACUCCACCAUGUCCUAAAAAUACAAAGAUAUAACUCCAGUGAGUGAACAUUGAAACAUUCCUACAUACUCUGAGAGAGUCUUUCUUUUUGGCUUUUGUAGGUUGGUGUACAAGUGGUUCCUUCUCCUCUACAAGAUCAGCUAUGCCACAGGAAUAGUUGGCUACACUGUCGUCAUGUUUACACUAUUUGGUAUCAACUUAAUAUUCAGGUAUGUAUUGUUUGAAGUCAUGUCAGUGGUGCUACGUAAGCCCUACAUUACACAAAAAUUUCAGCACAUAUUGACUUUCACUACUGCACAUAAGAACUCUCUGUUUGUAGUUCACUGAAGACCACAGGAGUCUUCUUUAUCAGGUUGUCUGGCUGUUUAUGAGCCAACUAGAAGAUGAAUCAUGAUAGUGCCGUCUCUUAACAGGAUAAAGCCAGAAGAUGCAAUGGACUUUGGUGUUUCACUCCUUUUCUACGGGCUGUAUUACGGGGUAUUAGGAAGAGACUUUGCAGAGAUGUGUGCAGACUUUAUGGCUUCAACUAUCGGGGUAAGAUGAAAGAGUAGACACUGUUUGUUUCUGAGUGCUGUUAGUGAUGAUAACUGUGGCUUGCAUUCAAAUUUAACUCUCCCUUUUUCCACUGUUUUAUUAGUAUUACAGUGCAUCUGGCAUGCCAACCAAGCACCUCUCUGACAACAUCUGUGCGGUGUGCGGUCAGCCCAUUCUUGUAGAUGUCAGCGAGGAGGGGAUUAUUGAGAACACAUACAGAUUAUCCUGCAACCAUGUGUAUCCUUCCUUUUGAGACGGUUGUUCACGGCCGCCGUCAGCAGUAAAAGAGAAGUUCGGCUUUAUGAUGAGUAUUAACGUGAGAAAUUCAUACAUGUCUAUAAAAGGUAAGGUCGUAGGUUUUUACUGAUAACUGUGCUGUGUACUCAUUAAGCAGUUAAAGAGGAAUUGGUGGCGUUAACUUAACCUUUGUGUUAGACUGUUAGUGUAGUGAUACCGUGGUGACAUGAACAAACAUUACUUCCUCCAUGAGUGUGCAGUUUUAAUAACAUACAAGCCUAUUGAGUGAACAGCUCAGUCUGCUUGUUUUCUGUCUCAGAAAUCCUCUAGUCCUGAUGCAUCAAAAAAGUAGAAUAUCAUGAAAAGGUUAUUUUUUUAUAUUAAUAAUUUUAUUCAUAAUAUGCACCUUUACAUUUGAUUGGAUCACAUUUAACUGAAAACUCUGCUUACAGAUCAGUGCUGUUAAUCCUGGGCCAUGGGUUAUUAGAUGGAGCCCCUGUCUUAAUCAGCAGACUGAUGUUACGUCUCUUUGUUUACACUUUAGUGGCUGGACUAAUUUUUCGUUACAUCUUAGUAUUAUUGGUCAUUUCUGUUGACUUGAUACUGUUUUCUAUAUAUCACAAAUGUUUAAUCAUUCUAGAUAGUUCCCCCGUGUUUUAUAGCGAUUGAACUCCCUGAUUUUGCUUUAAAUUUUCUGUGAUAUUCAGCGUACUUUUACUUUCAAACCUGAUAAUACAAUUAAUGUACAAAUGCUAAAUUCCCCCAAAAUUACACAGAUAGGUCCUUCGCAGGAAGUAUAUGUCAAAACAUUCAUCGUAGACUUCAAUAUCUCUCUGUGAAUACCUGUAUUUGAUUGGGUUCAGUUAAAUUUGUAAAUGUCAAAUGAAAGCCAGAAAUUCCUAAACUUUUGGAACUAAUUCAUCUGUAAAGGUCAUUUUUGUCCCCUUGAGCUACAGAUUGUCUUUUUGUAACUUUAAGAAUCAAUUAAAAUUGAUGUUUUCCCACAUUGUUUUAUAAAAUGUCUGAAAAGUUCGAUUUAACAGUUGGUACUUACAGCCAACAUACACACUCAGUAUAAUGCAUUUGGGUAUUUCAACAAACGUCAGUCUCUUCAGAGUGAUUCUUUCUGAGCCGGUACACGUUUGAACUGCUGCUAACACACUGCUGUGCAGAGCCUUAACUCUGUUCUCAGGUUCCAUGAGUUCUGCAUAAGAGGAUGGUGCAUCGUGGGAAAGAAGCAGAUGUGCCCGUACUGCAAAGAGAAGGUGGAUCUGAAGAGGAUGUUCAGUAACCCGUAUCCUUUUUGUUUUGUCAUACACCUCACACAUUCAAGCGCCACUGCUUUUUCCACUUUUAUUUGUUGUAUUAUUUUCAUUUAUGGACAUGUUUCUCCACAGAGUGUCUAAUGAAACUGAGAAAAUUGGUGUGAUAUUGAGAGAUUUAAAUGGCAAUGUGCAUGCAGAGGCUGCAUUUAUGUAAAUCUGGCCUUCUUAAGGUCCUUACACACACAUUCGCCAGGUGAAUUAUUCGCUUUUUUUUUUAAACAGCAUAAAGUCAAUGCAAGCUUCCACACCGGCAGCGAUUUUUCCGCGGGGCAAAAAGCGUCUUUUAUUUCUUCACUCUUGUGUCGAAUUUUUCGGAGAUUCGCAGGCGAAUAUCUGGACCUGCUAGACCUCUGGCCAAUCAAAAGUCAUGUUGUUUAUGACGUCACAGACCCAUGCAGCUGCAGUUCACACGACAUACACCACCACUGGCACCAAGAGCAACGAUGGGAGAGAGUGUGUACCACAGAGUGGUCGCCCGGUGUGUAUAAGUGAAAGCAAUUUUUCGGACCGGCGAAUAUUUUCGCAUUUUCGUCUCGCUUUUUCGCUUCGCAAAUUCGCUGGUGUGUAAGGACCUUUACAGUUGACCUCAAACUAACAUCCAGGAAACACAGUCAUAGCAAAUUAGUUGAGAAAGACAGUUUUCCUGUAACAGGGAGGAAGUUUCAGCAGUGAAGUUUUAGGUGAUUUUUUUGGGCUGCUCUUUUCAGGCUGUCUGGAACAGCAGAUGAGACAUUUAUAGGCUGAAUACCAAGUUCCUGUUCCUUCUUGUGGUUCACAGAUUACACAUCUGAUAGAUGAAAUGCUAAAUUAUGUAAUUACCUUUAGAGAAACUGAAAGCAGUUUCUGUGUCCUCCUGGUCAUUUACCGGUGGUAGAAUGUGUAAUAAAAGCUUUCUGUGUUUUCAGUCAUUUUAUUUAUUGAUUGGACCAUCAUAGUUUCCUUAACCCACAUAUUUGUAGCUGGGAGAGGCCUCAUGUCAUGUAUGGACAACUUUUAGACUGGCUUCGUUACCUGGUGGCCUGGCAGCCUGUCAUUAUUGGAUUUGUUCAAGGUAUCAACUACGUCCUGGGUCUGGAGUGACCUGGGACCGAAGGCAAUGGACAUAAACGCCAUACAGAGAAGAUAUGCACUGGCUCAAAAGACUGAGAGCCUAACAUUGAACUAAAACACAAUUAAAAAGUGUCUAUACUUUUUUGUACAUAUUUAUAGGCACAUAUCUGUAUUUACAGUUCAUUUGAAUUUUAUUGGUAAUUUGAAUUUGGAUGUCUGUCAUUUCCCAGGAUUUGCUACACAAUGUUACAUUGUAUUAAUCAGUUUGUGCAUUUUCUGGUCUAGUAAAACGGUUGUCAAAAUCAUUAGAGAGGUGCUUUUUACUAAUUUAUGUCUUAAAUGUUGUUGAUACUUAGUUCAAAGAUCUUGGCUGGAGUUUUUGAUCCUCAUGUCUGAUGGUUUUCAAACAUGAGUAAUAAAUAUUAAAUGAAACGAGUAAUUCCUCCCCAGCUCCCUGUGCCUCUACGCCCACAAACACAGAAUUCGGAGACUUCCCCUGGAGUCGUUUUGCCACCACGUCAUUCAAAGUGAUCUCUUACUCAACAGUUACGUGACCUUUUUAUUACAAAUUCCACAUUUUGGACUUAAGUGACACAAGCGACAGUUUCCUUAGCGCUCACAGUCACACGUCAUGUGACUUGAGGCUUCCUCAUGAGGGGAACGGUGCUCUUUUAAAAUCAGAGGAUUCCUCAUACCAAACAUGUUAUCAUGGAACUUCUAGUGUUACUGGAUUUCAAAAUGGCCUCAUUGUUUUCAUAGACACUCAUCCUUACCAGCAGACUGUGACCUUUCCCCUUGAUACUUUUCACUUCAUUAACUUAAUGUGGUUUAAAUUGUAGGGAUCUCUCUGUCUGCUGGACAUGCUUCUCUGAUUUUGCUCAAGACUGUCAGCUCACCAAAUUUUCAGCAAUAACAAUAUCACCUGAAAAUGUGUCUAGCCACAGAGAUAGUUUUGUUUCUUGCUGAAGCCCCAAAUUAACAUGCUACCAGUUUAUUCUACAUGUUUUCUUGAGAUCGCCUCUAAAUACAAGAUGAUCACAAUUCAAAGCUCCAGUGCUGCACUAACAGAACAGAAGCACAGAAAUAGGCUCAACUCACCUCAUUAGCGAGGACAGUGGCUGCAUGCCAUGUCAUGGUCUGGCCUAUCAGGGACCAGCCUGUUAUUUUGUUUUCUCAAUUGUCUGGAAAUGAUUUGUUUUCCUCAAAGAAACUCAUUCAUCUUUGUUGAAUUACGAUGGCAGCAGAAAACAAAGGGAUAAAUAUUUCAAAGCAUGAACGAUAAAAACUGCAGACUCUGAAAUUGUGUUAUGAAAUGGUGACAACCCAGAAAGAGUUAACCAGUUAGUUAGUUAGUCAGUUAGUUAGUUAACUAUCUUUUAUUGAAUUUCCCCUCUUGGAUAAAUAGUUCUCAUCUAAACAUUUGCGCUUUUGUUUUGUUUUGAACUAAAACUGAGCAUAAAGAGGAGCUUGAAUCCAGAGACAAAGGGAUUCGGGACAGUGCUGGUCUUUUUAAUCUGAUAUCCAUUAACUUGUCCAUUUUCUGGUCUGAAAUGUGCUGAGAGUCGGUUCUUUUGGCAGCUUCUGGUCACAGUAUCACCUGCUGUUUUAUACUUCAAUCUCACACAGUGUAAGGAGGACACAGGCCGAUAGGAUUGUUUUAUCUCUACUUUGAUCAUAAUCCGUUAAUAAAUGUCACAUGACUCAGA